GAUUAAGGCCAGUGCUUCAUUUAUAUUUCACUAUGUGAAGCGAUGCCAACCAACUAAGACUACAGUUGCAAAUUAAACUCCCAAGUUCAACGCUUAAUUAUUUAUUAUUAUUGUUACUAUGGCUAUUAGUGGGUAUGCACCAAUGUUCUCAGAUUUCAGCUACGAUGUUUUUCUAAGUUUUAGUGGUGGAACCAGCAACCCUUUUGUUGAUCCUCUCUGUCGAGCUUUGCGUGACAAAGGAAUCAGCAUCUUCAGAUCAGAAGAUGGAGAAACUAGACCUGCCAUUGAGGAAAUUGAAAAAUCCAAAAUGGUAAUCGUUGUGUUUUGUCAAAACUAUGCAUUUUCCACUGAGUCUCUUGAUGAACUUGUCAAGAUCCGAGAGUAUGUUGACAAUAGAAGAAAACAGGUUUGGACAAUUUUUUACAUAGUGGAACCAUCAGAUGUACGGAAACAAAGAAAUUCUUACAAAGAUGCCAUGAAUGGUCAUGAAAUGACAUAUGGAAAAGACUCGGAGAAGGUAAAAGCAUGGAGGGAAGCUUUGACUAGAGUAUGCGACCUAAGCGGAAUACAUUGCAAGGACCAUAUGUUUGAAGCUGAACUUCAGAAGAUUGUUGAAGCUGCAUCCUGUAAAUUAUUUCGUGUGCCUGGACAAAUGAACCAUGCAGUUGGACUUGAUGAUCACUUUGAACAGGUGAAAGCAUUCAUAGAUGUUGAGUCCAAUGAUAAGGUUGGCGUAUUGGGAAUUUAUGGAGGUGGUGGAAUAGGCAAGACCACAUUUGCCGUCUAUCUAUAUGAAAAGAUUAGACAUUAUUAUUUUGAAGCUGCAAGUUUUCUGAUUAAAGUCAGAGAACAAUCAAAGGAAAGCAAGAAUCACUUGGAAGAUCUCCAAAACAGACUUCUAUCUCAACUGGGUGUAGACACAGGAACCAUGAUAGGGAGUACGAAUAAAGGAGAACUUGAAAUCAAACACAGGCUUGGCCAUAGAAGAGUUCUUCUAGUUUUGGAUGAUGUUGAUUCAAAAGAACAAUUGGAGUUACUGGCUGGAAAACAUGAUUGGUUUGGUUCUGGCAGUAGGAUCAUUAUAACAACAAGAGAUGAAGCGGUGCUAGAUUAUGGUGUUAAAGUUAAGAAAUAUAAAAUGACGGAGCUAAAUGAUCGUCACUCUCUUGAACUCUUCUGUCAGAAUGCCUUUGAUAAGCCUGAACCUGCAAAAAACUUUGAAAGUAUUUCUCAUCGUGCAAUAGGCUAUGCAAAGGGUGUCCCUUUGGCUUUACAAGUAAUAGGAUCCAAUUUGAAAGGAAGAAGCAUAGAGGAAUGGGAAAUCGAAUUGGGAAAAUAUCGGAAGGUUCCAAAUGCUAAGAUUCAAGGUGUACUAAAACUAAGCUUCGAUAGCCUGCCUGAGACAGAGAUGGGAAUAUUCUUGGACAUUGCUUGUUUUUUCAAAGGGGAGAAAUGGAAUUAUGUUAAAAGGAUAUUGAAGGCUUCUGAUAUAAGUUUUAAAGUACUUGCUAGCAAAUGUCUAAUAAUGGUUGAUAGAAAUGACUGCUUGGAGAUGCAUGAUCUAAUACAGGACAUGGGUAGAGAGAUUGUUAGGAAUCAAUCGCCAUCAAACCCUGGUGACCGUAGUAGAUUAUGGUCUCACGAAGAUGUUCUUGAAGUACUGAAAAAAGAUUCAGUAACAAUCCUCCUUUCUCCCAUCAUUGUUUCAAUUACUUUUACUACGACUAAGGUAGCUAGUUUUAAUUCCUUAUGCAUUUUUUUACAGGGAAGUAUAACAAUUGAAGGAAUUAUGCUUCAUCCUCCUAAGCUUGAAGUAGUAGAUAAAUGGACUGAUACUGCCUUUGAGAAGAUGAAGAAUCUCAGAAUUCUUAUUGUUCGGAAUACCAAAUUUUUAACAGGACCUAGUUCUCUACCGAAUAAAUUACAACUUCUUGAUUGGAUAGGAUUCCCAUCAGAGUCUUUUCCACCUAAAUUUGAUCCCAAGAAUAUUGUUGACUUCAAGUUAUCUCAUAGUUCUCUGGUAUCCAUAAAGCCACCUCAAAAGGUAUUUCAGAAUUUGACUUUUGUCAAUCUCUCCCAGUGUCAUUUCAUAACUAAAAUACCUGACAUGUUUGAAGCUAAAAACUUGAGAGUACUGACAAUUGACAAAUGCCCCAAAUUGGAAGGGUUUCAUCCAUCUGCUGGACAUAUGCCUAACCUUGUAUAUUUAAGUGCAUCAGAGUGCACCAUGCUCACGAGUUUUGUGCCAAAAAUGAAUCUGCCAUAUCUGGAAAUGCUUUCAUUUAACUUUUGCAGUAAACUUCAAGAAUUCCCAGAAGUAGGGGGGAAGAUGGAUAAGCCAUUAAAGAUUCACAUGAUAAAUACUGCUAUUGAGAAGUUUCCAAAGUCCAUUUGUAAAGUUACAGGGCUUGAGUAUGUUGACAUGACAACUUGCAGGGAACUCAAAGAUUUAUCAAGUUUUGUGUCAUUGCCAAAACUUGUCACAUUAAAGAUGAAUGGAUGUUCGCAACUUGCAGAAUCAUUUAAAAUGUUCAGAAAGAGCCAUUCUGAAGCAAAUAGCUGUCCAAGUUUAAAGGCAUUAUAUUUAAGCAAGGCUAAUCUGUCACAUGAGGAUCUUUCCAUAAUUCUUGAAAUAUUUCCAAAAUUGGAAUACUUAAAUGUGUCCCACAAUGAAUUUGAAUCACUCCCAGAUUGCAUCAAAGGAUCAUUGCAGUUGAAAAAACUUAAUUUAAGUUUUUGCAGGAAUCUUAAGGAAAUUCCAGAACUUCCAUCAAGUAUUCAAAGGGUAGAUGCAAGAUACUGUCAAUCCUUAAGUACAAAGUCAUCAAGCGUGCUGUUGUCUAAGAUUUAUAAAGAAAGGGAAAAAAUACAAGUUGUGAUGCCAGAAACUGAAAUUCCAAAGGAGUUUGACAGUAAAGAUGUCCUGCUUUUCUGGGCUCGCCGGAAGUUCCCUGUUGUUGCUUUUGUUUUUGUUUUCGAGGAAGUAAAAAAGAAUGAUGAUAUACAGAUGGAUACCUCAGAAUUGUUUCCUGGAGUUGUAUCAGCUGAGGAGUCCUACACUGUUGGCCUGAACUUGUUUAUAGACGGCAAAGAAAUAUGUCGCAAAGAUCAUCAUUAUUGGAGUAUUGGGGAUCAACAUUUGUUAGUAUGUGAUCUACAGGUUUUGUUUAAAAAUGAAGAGUGGCAGGAUCUUGGAGAUGACUGGAAGGCCUUUCAGAUUCAAUGUGAAUCAACGUUGACUCUGAGUCAUCAGGAAGUUUAUGUGGACAAGCAGAAAACAAACACUGAUGAUAUUCAAUAUAUCUCUCCCAAUUUAACAGGUUUGGUUCCAAAAACAAGUCCACAUAAGAAAACAAGACAUGGACAAAAUUGUGAUGUAAUAGAAAAAUUUGGCCAGAACUUGUUAAUACAAACUACCUCUGUUGCCAACGUGUUAUUGAGCUGGUGGAGGAAUGCCAAGGCUGAUAUUAGAGGGGAAGUUUCAGCCUCUACCUAUGAGGCAAGUUCACUGCAAGAACAUGAAGAUGUUGUCUGGGAUGUGGCACAGAUUUUGGAGAUGCUGCUGGAGAAUUUGCCCCAGCAUAUUACUGAUUCAGAAGUUCAAAGAACAGGCCUAUUGGCGGUUGAAUCAUUGAUUGCACGGGCACAACAUAAGAAGGAAUACGGUCAUGAGAAGUUGCACAUCAAUCUAACCAUGCCUAUUGUUCUAGUGGAAUGUAGAUGUCACCCUCAUAAAGAAUUAGAAGGAGCUCAAAACCUUCGCUAUUGGGGAUCUGUGGAGCUAGAAGAAGGAGACCCACGUGUGUGGAAAAUUUGGAAGAGCAAUGAAGCCUUCAAGGAGAGGCUAAAUUACACAGUUCUGUUGAAAUGUGAGCAUCACUCUAGAGAGGAAGCUUCAAAAUCUGACCAUGGGGAAUCCUUGGAGGAAGAACACAAGGGUUCUGAAUUACAAGCAUUGAUGAGGAGGAUAGAAGAAGACACUAUAAGGUUGAAUAAGUCUUAUGGAAAGUUGAAGGCAUCUAUUGUUCCAAUGGAUGUUCUAGUUUCUGACAAAUAUCUUCUGGAAACGGCAAUCAUUAGAGGACUAGAAAGAUUGGGAAGGUUGGGGUCUAAUUUCAACAAGACAGAAUAUGGAAAAUUGAGGGUGGAGCAUCAUGCUCAUAGCAUUACUCAUAUGGAGCAUGAGUUGAGGAUGGAGCAGGAUGCUCAGAGCUCUACUCAGAAUCAGGAGCGGCAUGAGUUGGGGGUGGAGCAUGAUGCUCAGAGCUCUACUCAGGAAAAGAAUAAGUUGGGUUGGAUCAGAUCAUUACUAGGUGGAUUUGGGAGGCAAAGCAGGUGAAAGGAGGUCAAAGAACAAAAUGGUAUAUCCUACCUUCUAUUUUGCUUCUUCUGUUCUGGUUAAUUGUUUAACGAAAGUGGUAAAUUUAUCUUUUGCAUGUAUUGUCGAUAAUUUUCUUUGGAAGCAUAACUGUAGUCUUAAUUUUGCAUUUAAGUGACAUGUGCUAGUGUUUGUGAUAACAAAAAUUGAUCUUCACAAAGACAGUAAUGUGCAAAGGCAACUUGUGCUUAUAGGAAACGUAGUAAGUGGUCGGUUAAAACAUUUUUAUGGUUAUAACACUCUUUUAUUGUCAGUGAGAUCAGUCGCUGCUCCUGCCAAAGUUAUAGCAGGUUUUGAUGACUUAUGUAAAGCACCUCACUCUUGUAUUUUCCACUGAGUGAUUGAUUCUCUUGCUCGGGUUAA